UGAAAAAUAUAUUGAAUCGUGCCUUCUUCAUUGGGAUAUUGAUAAGAUAUUUACUGUUACUGUUGAUAAUGAUAACUCAAAUGAUACUACAAUUUCAUAUUUGAAACAUUUUUUUACGGGAAAUAUGUUGAGGGGAAAGUAUAUGCACAUGAGAUGUUGUGCUCAUAUUCUGAACCUUGUCGUGAAUGAGGGUUUUAAGGAGUGUAAUGACGCCAUUACAAUGAUUAGAAUUGCGGUUAGAUAUGUGCGCUCCUCCCCUGCAAGGUUAUAUAAGUUUAAGAGAUGUGCAGAAAAAGAGAAAAUUGAUAGUAAAAAAAUGUUGUCCCUUGAUGUGCAAACCCGAUGGAAUUCAACUUAAAUAAUGUUCGAGGCGGCUGAAAAAUUUGAGAAGGCUUUCAGGCGGAUGGAGAGUGAGGAUCACAAUUUUCUCUCUUACUUUAAGGAUGGAAACAUUGGGCCUCCUAGAGCUAAGGAGUGGGAGACAAUGCGGGUAUUUGUAAAAUUUUUGAAAAUGUUUUAUGAUACCACUUGUAGAUUUUCUGGGUCUUUGUAUGUCACAGCAAAUACCAGUUUUUUGGAGAUUUGUAUGCUUCAAAAAGAGUUGGUUAGGCUGAGUGAAAGUGAUAAUAAUUGUUUGAUGAAUAUGGCUGUGAGCAUGAGAAUUAAAUAUGAUAAGUAUUGGGGUUCAUUGGAUAGGAUGAACUUGAUGUUGUUGAUUGCAGUUGUACUUGAUCCACGUAGUAAGUUGGGGCUUCUUACUUUCCACAUGAAAAAAAUUUAUGAUGAGUGUCAGGCUGAAAAGUUGGUGUCGAAUGUGAAACAGUUAUUAUCAGAUUUGUAUGCGGAGUAUAAUGAUGCGUUCGGUUCUAACUCGGUUAACUCGACUGAACAUGUUCCCCCUCUGCCAUCUACAUUCACAAAAGUUGGUGAAGACAAUCAUGAAUCACAAUUUUUUUAUGAGUGGUUGCUAGCAUCAAGUGCCUCUGGAUCUACAUUUGCCAAAACAGAGAUUGACCGGUAUUUUUCAUAUGCUUGUGAGGCAUUCACCCAGUCUUUUGACUUGUUGAACUAGUGGAAAGUUAAUGAGCCUAAUUAUCCUAUUCUUACGAGGAUUGCAUGAGACUUAUUGCCCAUGCCUGUUUCCACGGUUGCAUCAGAAUCAGCAUUUAGUACAGGGGUCGUGUACUUGAUCCUUUCUGGAGUUCAUUGGCUCCGAGAACUGUUGAAACACUUAUUUGUACUCAGAAUUGGUUGCGACAUCCAUCAACCCCAAUUGAUAUUCGAGAGGCCAUGGAUAAUGUUGAAAGCUUUGUAGUAGAAUCUGAGUUAGGAGCAUCGUGCAUCACAACUAUUGAUGACUGAAGAGUCGAAUACUGCAUUGGACAUCUAUUUGGAAUCUUGAAGACUUGAAGAAUGAAGAUUUCUCUCGUAUUUUAAGACAAUCUGGAAUC